AUGGAGGCUGAAGAAACGUCGUCGGAACCGUCGGUUAUCGCAAUGAGAAUCUCGACUAUGAUUGUAUUGGUGAACUUAGCCACCAUGGACGCCAUGAAUCCGCGUCUGAGUUCGAACUCUGUGGAAUUUCAGGCGAUCAAUUGCCGAAAAUACUUGACGUUGCUGACAGAGUUUGACAACGUCAGUGAUGGAGUAACUUCAAAUACUCAUGCGUUCCGGCAAGCGAUUGAACAUCUCAGCACACUGGCAGCGGAUGACGGUGCACAAUUGGUCGUACCUCCAGGAAAAUGGCUGACAAGAAGUUUUAACCUGACAAGCCAUUUCACACUUUUUAUUGAGAAAGAAGCUACAAUUCUUGCAUCACAUAAUGAAUCAGAAUGGCCACUUGUGAAAGUUCUCCCAUCUUAUGGGAGGAGAAGGGAUGCCCGUGGUGGACGGUACAACAGCCUCGUCUUUGGAACUAAUCUUACCAAUGUUGUUAUCACAUGUAACAACGACACGAUUGAUGGACAGAGAUCUUAUUGGUGGGAUAAAUUUCACAAAGGGGAGCUCAACGUAACACGACCAUACAUGAUCAAGAUCAUGUACUCUGAUCAAAUCCAAAUCUCAGAUCUCACUUUAAUCAACUCUCCUUGGUUCGUCCAUCCAGUCUAUAGUAGGAAUGUGAUUAUCCAAGGGCUCACCAUCUUGGCUCCAGUCACUGUACCCAACACUGACGGAAUCGAUCCAGAUUCCUAUUCCAACACUCGAAUAGAAGACUGCUACAUCGUUUCUGGUGACGAUUGCAUCGCCAUUAAGAGCGGAUGGGACGAAUAUGGUAUCAAAUUUGGAAUGCUGAUCGAGGACCUCGUCAUUCGUCACCUCACUUGCAUCUCACCAGAUUCCGCAAGUAUCGCCCUUGGUAGCGAAAUGUCCGGCGAAAUCCGUAACGUUAGGAUUGAAAACGUCACUGCAAUCAACACAGAAUCUGCUGUCAGAAUCAAAACCGCUCGAGAACGUGGCGGCUUCGUCAAGGACAUUUUCGUCCAAAGAAUGUUUCUAUCCAUGAUGAAAUAUGUCUUUUGGAUUGCUGAAGACUACAAAGAUCAUGCGAAUGAUAAAUUCGAUCCCUCGGCGUUGCCAGAGAUUAAGAACAUUAAUUACAGAGACGUGGUGGCCGAGAAUGUUACAAUGUUGACAAAUUUGGCGGGAAUUUCAGGAGAUUCAUUCACAGAUAUAUGUGUUUCGAAUGUGAAGAUUGGAUUGUUGAAGAAGUCUAAAAAGUUGCAGUGGAACUGUAUUGAAAUUGAGGGAUUUAGUAGUGAUGUCGAUCCGCCGCCAUGUGCUUCGCUGGCUAAGGCAGCAAAAAGCAUUGGAGGUGACUUUCGUGAGGAUCCGCUGCUAAUUGAGAAUGUUCAAUUGAAGUCAUGCUCAGUUGAAAUUUCUCCUUUGUCCUAA